GGUUUGGAGGCUGCAGAGACUUGCAGGCAGCAGUCACUUCCUGGUAGGAGGCUUUGGAGCUGGCACACGCAGAACAGGAAGCUGUCCAGGGAAGGAGCAUUGAGGGCUGGGAGAGGAAAGGCCAGAGCGGCUGUGUGUAGGGUCAGUGGUCUGGAUCCUGGCAUAGAGGGCCGGCCAGGGUUCCCCUACCAGCCACCGGGGGUGUGGCACAGACCGGCGGGGCAGUAAACAGGAAGACUGCCUGAGUCACUGUGAGAGUGACAGAGAACUGAAGGACUGUACACCAGAAGGAGGGAAACACUGAGUGAUCUAGAAGGAGGGCUGAGUCGAGAAGAGGACAUUGUGGUUUCUGGAAUGAGAGGGCAGCUGCGGACCAGACAGAGAGAGACGGUGUGAAGGCGUGUGACCUCGGGAAGGGGCAUCGAUUUAGAGAGCUAAUCCCCAGAGUGACCAGGCGUCAGACAAGUGCACCAAGAUCAUGGACAUCAGAAAAGUACACAUUCUGAUUGUAAUAGUGAUGGCUGGGAUCAUUGCAUACUUUGGUAUAUCACAUAUCAGCCAGCCCUCAUGCCAGCCUGUAAGACAAGUUGACCUAGAUGAGACCUCCUUGGUGAUUUCACGACAAACUGACUUAAAUGAGACCUUCUCAGUGCUUCCAAGAAUGUCAUAUCCUCAGCCAUUUGUGGACAAGCCUCAGAGAACUGAUGUCUUACUGAUGUCCCCCUGGCUGGCUCCUAUUAUGUGGGAAGGCACCUUCAACAGAGACAUCCUGAAUGCCCAGUACAGACAAAAAAAUUUCGUUGUCGGAGUGGCCACGUUUGCAGUUAAAAAAUACGUCCGGUUCAUAGAAGGGUUUCUUGGCUCUGCCAACAAAUUCUUCCUCUCUGGGCACAGGGUCAACUUCUAUCUCUUCACUGACCAGCCGGAGAAGGUCCCAUCCAUGAAGCUGGCCCCUGAGAAGAAACUCUUCACCAUCACUGUCCAGAGCUACUCACGGUGGCAGGACAUCUCCAUGAACCGCAUGGACAUCAUCAGCAACCACAUCCGCACCCACUGGCGCUACGAAGUAGACUACCUUUACUCCAUGGACAUCGACGUCCAGAUGUUCGAGCACAUCGGGGUGGAGAUCAUCGACACGCUUGUGGGGACCAUCAGCUCCUGGCAAUACACGAAGCCCCGGGAUAGCAACUCCUAUGAGAGACGUCCGGAGUCGCGAGCCGCCAUCCCCAGUGGGGAAGGGGAUUUCUACUAUGCAGCCAGCUUCUACGGAGGGAGUGUGUCUGAAGUCUACAAGUUGACCACAGCCUGCUUCAAAGGGGUCACGGAGGACAGAGCCAAUGGCAUUGAAGCCAAAUGGCACGAGGAAAGCCACCUGAAUAAAUACCUCCUGUACCACAAGCCCACACGCCUUCUGUCCCCAGAGUACUACUGGGAUGAGGAGCUGCCCCGACCUCAAAUCAUCAGGGUGAAGAGAUUGUCGUCAGUGCGCAAAGAUCUGAAAGAAGUCAGGUCCUGAAGGAAGGAAGAGAAAGAGAAAGAGAUGGAUGGAUGCUGUGACAGAUAUGGCAAUCUCCUGCAAUACCCUUGAAAAAAGCCUCAUUGAAUUAAGUAUCUUUAAAUCAAUGACUCAAGCUUGUUGAAUAACAGGCUCAAUUGGAAUUACUUAAUCAAAGAUUAUCAAUCAGAGAUUUGUGCAGCACUGUACAGAAUACAGAAAGAAAUAGAUUCUAGGGCUGUCGAUCAAGUACAGUUAACUCACAUGAUUAACUGAAAAAAAUUAGUCACAAUUAAAAUAUAUCACAAUUAAUUGCAGUUUUAAUCGCACUGUUAAACAAUAGAAUACCAACUGAAAUUGAAUAAAUAUUUUUUCUACAUUUUCAAA